UUCCGAACGUUUGCCGGGGAACUUUGCGGGGGUGUGUAGACGUUCAAAGGUGACAAGAGGAAAAUCUUUCGGUGCGCGACAAUGGAAGGAGGAGGAACCGUGACGCUCCUCGUUCUCUCGAUCCUCGUGGCCGUUGUGUCGUGCCACGUCGUCAAGGAACAGGACGGAGCUGCUCGGAAUGUCGCGAGAUUGUCACCGCAAGAGGACGCGAAGGUGCCCGAUUACAAGUUCAAAGUCGUGGAUCCUGCGACGAGCAUCCCAUGCAUCCUGGCUAACAUGAAGUUCCAUCUACUUCUGUCGAAGACCAAGGGCGUUGGAUACGUGUCAGAAGAUGUACCGGACAGCAUAGCCAUACUUAACUCCUCCUGCGGGCCGAGAAUAUCCUGGCUGACGUUGGGCUGGAACACUACGGCCGAUAAGGACAAGCUAGAGAGCAGUUCGAUCAAGUUCACUUUCUACAGUGAUAAUGGCACUUCCAUGCUUGACGUCGUCGAUGCUGACGUUUACGUGAAACCAAAUAAAGAGCUGGACGAUGUCACGAGAUACACGGAUGUCAGAUCCAAUCUCCAUGAAUUCGUCACUAACGUGUCAAACGGCGAAUACAAGUGUUCUACCGAGAGGAAGAUAGCCGUGUCGAACAAACUGGUAUUGAGCUUCACCGACAUUUCUUUAAUAACGUUCAACACUGAAAAAGACUAUUCCAAGCGGACAGCGGUUCAGUGUUCUGACAAUGGACAAGAUUCAAGUUCAACGACGACAACAACAACGCCGGCACCCACACCUCCCGCCUAUUCUUUUAAUUACGUCGUGCACGAGAAAAGCGGUGUCGGUUGCAUUUUGGCAAACAUGAGUGUGUCUGUAACGAUAUCCUAUGAGACGAAGAGUUCUAAGACGGAGAAAGGCACCAUCAUAGUGCCGCAGAAGGGGAUCGUUACCGGGUAUUGCACUAAAUCUAAUGCCACAAUGGAGAUAACCUGGUUGGAAGAAAAGAAACCGGCGACGAUGGCGGACACCGUCAAACAGAAUUCGGUCAAGCUAUGGUUUACAAAAGACGACCUGUCGUAUUACGUUAACGCGAUCGACGCGACCAUUUUCAUGGACGAAACACACUUCAAAGACGCUAAGAAUGAAAAGGAGACGAUUGCGAUGGAGAAUUUGAAUCUGUUCACAACGUCCGCGGACUGCAUGAACAAAUGUGCACCGGAAACCAUUGCAUCAGGCAGUAAGUCGGAAGUGAAGUUCACCGACGUCGCUUUGAUCGCGUUCAACGCCAAAGAGAAGAUCGAGGGCAUAACGGAGGAAAAUUGCGAGUCCUCGAACGCCGGAGCAAUCGUGGGCGGUAUCAUAGGAGCGCUGGUAGCGAUCGCUUUAAUUGCGUUCCUAAUUGUCCUGUGGAGGAGGAGGUCGCGUUAGGGAAUUGUAUCGGCAUCGCCAUAUCACCGCAUGCAGGUCAAAGUGAUCGUGCGACACACGAGUC